UGGCAAUCCUGCCCUUGGUUUCUUGGGAGAUACCGUUACAAACCUCCAUCUUCUUUCUCAUCUCAGGGGCCUGUCCACAUACCUGACUCGGUGUCGUUUGGAAUUCCAUCACUUGGCCUCCUCAAUUCCUUCUUUUCACCGUCCUUUUCUGCCUUUAAAUAGCCCAGAAAGAGGAAAAAUCAAAAUGUACAGGGCCCAGAAGUUUGCCCUCGGCCUGCUCGCUGCGGCGGCGGUUGCCACAGCCUCGGAUGUCGUCCAGCUGAAGAAGGACACGUUCGACGACUUCAUGAAGACUAACGACCUCGUCCUGGCUGAGUUCUUCGCUCCGUGGUGCGGUCACUGCAAGGCCCUCGCCCCCGAGUACGAGGAGGCUGCCACCUCGCUCAAGGAGAAGAACAUCAAGCUCAUCAAGGUCGACUGCACAGAGGAGACUGACCUCUGCCAACAACACGGUGUCGAGGGCUACCCAACUCUUAAGGUCUUCCGGGGCCUCGACAAUGUCUCUCCCUACAAGGGCCAGCGCAAGGCUGCUGCCAUCACAUCCUACAUGAUCAAGCAGUCCCUGCCGGCCGUUUCGGAGGUCACCAAGGACACCCUGGAGGAGUUCAAGAAGGCCGACAAGGUUGUUCUUGUUGCCUAUGUCGAUGCCGCGGACAAGACGUCAAGCGAGGUCUUCACCAAGGCCGCCGAGAAACUCCGCGACAACUACCCCUUCGGUCUCAGCACUGACGCUGAGCUGGCCGAGGCCGAGGGUGUCAAGUCCCCCGCCGUCGUCCUCUACAAGGACUUCGACGAGGGCAAGUCUGUCUUCACCGAGAAGUUCGACGCUGAGGCGAUUGAGAAAUUCGCCAAGACGGCUGCUACCCCGCUGAUUGGCGAGGUCGGCCCCGAGACCUACUCUGACUACAUGUCGGCUGGCAUCCCGCUUGCCUACAUUUUUGCCGAGACUGCUGAGGAGCGCAAGGAGCUCAGCGACAAGCUCAAGCCUAUCGCCGAGGCCCACCGCGGCGUCAUCAACUUCGGCACCAUUGACGCCAAGGCGUUCGGUGCGCAUGCCGGCAACCUCAACCUCAAGACCGACAAGUUUCCCGCCUUCGCCAUCCAGGAGGUCGCCAAGAACCAGAAGUUCCCCUUCGACCAGGAUAAGGAGAUCACCGCAGAGGCCAUCAAGGCUUUCGUUGACGACUUUGUUGCCGGCAAGAUUGAGCCCAGCAUCAAGUCUGAGCCCAUCCCCGAGAAGCAGGAGGGCCCCGUCACCGUCGUCGUUGCCAAGAACUACAAUGACAUUGUUCUUGACGACGAGAAGGACGUCCUAAUUGAGUUUUACGCCCCGUGGUGCGGUCACUGCAAGGCUUUGGCUCCCAAGUACGAGGAGCUCGGUGCCCUGUAUGCCAAGAGCGAGUUCAAGGACAAGGUAGUUAUCGCCAAGGUCGAUGCCACUGCCAACGACGUCCCCGACGAGAUCCAGGGCUUCCCCACCAUCAAGCUGUACCCCGCCGGCGCCAAGAGCGAGCCCGUCACGUACUCUGGCUCGCGCACUGUUGAGGACCUCAUCAAGUUCAUUGCCGAGAACGGCAAGCACAAGGCUUCGGUCUCGGAGGAGGCUGAGGAGCCUUCGACGUCGGCCACCGAGUCUGCCACCGAGACCAAGUCGGAGGCUGCGAAGGAGACUGACCAUGACGAGCUCUAAAGGGAAUGAAUGGAUUUCAUGUAUUGUAAUCAUGCUUUUUUUGGGUUUGUCAUUAGGGAUCACGGGCAAGCGUAACCAAGGGUCCGUAUUUCUGGGAUUGGGUUUGCCAAAAUACCAAGGGCCAUCUGUCUGAUGAUUGAUUGCCUGUGUGCCGA